CAUCUUUUCUUCUCAAUAGAGUUUGAAGCUCUGAACCCAAAUACAACAACAUUAAAGAUUUCAGAUCAGAUCAGAGAGAAAUCAGAGAGUGAAAGGGACUUAAAAAAAAGGGAAGGGAAGAGAAGAGAAGCCAUUAAUUCUACGAACACCUCAUCUUAGAUGAAACUUCUCUUUCACUAGCACAAAGAAUGGCUCAUCCUAAUAUAUCUCCAUCAAGCGAAUUAAGAACAGAAGCAAAAAGUAGUAAACCCCUCGGCAUCAGAUUCUUGGAGAACGCCAAGAACGCCGUUCUCUCCUUCAGAACUUAUCAAACCAUAGUGUUGAUUUUGACAUUUAUCGCCUAUUCUACUUACCAUGUUACAAGGAAAACCACAAGCAUUGUUAAGACUGUAUUUGACCCUGAACAACCACAACAGUUAGUAUUCUCUCCGUGGUCAAAUUCUUAUCUUCAUACAACCACUAAAGAUGGUUGGGCUCCAUUCAAUACUCGAGAUGGUACCGCAAUGCUUGGGAUGAUCGAUGUCGCCUUUCUUGCUGUCUACUCCUUUGGCAUGUACCUUGCUGGCCACUUAGGUGAUCGUUUAGACCUUCGAGUGGUCCUCACAGUAGGAAUGAUUGGGACUGGAGUAUUCACUUCUUUAUUUGGUAUUGGUUAUUGGCUCAAUAUCCACAAUUUCUACUACUAUUUGGUAAUUCAAAUGCUAGCUGGUUUGUUUCAGUCUUCGGGUUGGCCCUCAGUUGUUGCAGUUAUGGGCAACUGGCUCGGGAAAAGAAAAAGAGGGUUGAUUAUGGGAAUUUGGAAUGCACACACUUCAGUUGGAAAUAUUUCAGGCUCCUUGAUUGCUUCGUUUAUGUUGAGAUUCGGAUGGGGUUGGUCUUUUGCAGUCCCGGGAAUUCUCAUUGUGUUUGUUGCAGUAGUUGUUUUUCUUCUGCUGCCUGUGAGUCCUGAAAUCGUUGGGGUUGGAGAAGAGGAGGUGAGUGUUGGUAAGGAGAAAAGAGAGAGUACGAAGCCGUUAUUGGAAUCAAGAGAAGAGGUUAGAGAGAGAGCAGUUGGAUUCAUUGAGGCAUGGAGGAUUCCAGGGGUUGCGCCAUUUGCUUUGUGCCUAUUUUUCUCGAAAUUGGUGGCUUAUACAUUCCUCUAUUGGUUGCCUUUCUAUAUUAGCCACACAGCUAUCGACAACCAAUACCUAUCCGAUUCAACAGCAGGCACCCUCUCAACCCUCUUCGACGCCGGUGGCGUCGUCGGUGGAAUCCUCGCGGCCACAUCUCUGAUCGCCUUGACGCCCGUGCAAAUCACCGCCGCGAGCUUCACCUACUGCGCCAUCCCCGCCCUCUUCCUCUACCGCAUCUACGGGGACGUCUCCCUUUCUUGGAACAUCGUCCUCAUGUUCAUCGCCGGCAUGUUCGUCAAUGGGCCCUACGCCCUCAUCACCACCGCCGUCUCCACUGAUCUUGGGAGCCACGGGGACUCUCGUGCCUUGGCGACGGUGACGGCAAUCAUUGAUGGUACAGGGUCGGUUGGGGCGGCGGUGGGGCCCUUGCUCACAGUGGUAUAUAUCAGUGGAGUAUGGGAUGGGGUGUUUAUGAUGUUGAUGGCGGCGGUGGCGGGGUUGUUGUUGACUCGACUCGUGGUGGCUGAGGUGGCAGCUAAGAUACGUGCACGUGCGCGUGCACAGGGUGAUGGUUUGAGUGCAGAAGGGCAAGUAUGAGUAUUGGGAUGUUGGAUGUAGGCUUGAAGUUGUUGAUAGAAAAUACAGAGAGAUUGGGAAUUGGUGGAGAGAAUCGGCAGGGGAAAUUGAUAAUGCUGUUGAAUUUCUCCAGAUUUUUAUGUUUUGGAGGAAAUGGGGUUUGAGGUAUGUUGUAGAUAUAGUUGAUGAUUGGUAGAACUUGUAAUGUACUAUUAUAGGCAUUCAAGGUUUGUAAGUUAAGAUACAUGCAGAAAUCAUAUGGAUUAUUGAUGAUGAGAAAGGAGAUGUUUUUUCUCCAACA